UUAACACAGUGCACAUCGGAGCUGGUGGUCACAGUUCUGCUCUGGAUUGUAAGUGAAGGAGAGAGAUUGAGACUGCUCGCCCUCCUCCACCAUGGAUGUCAAACUGCUGGCACUGAUGACUCUGCUGGCCGUGGUCACUCAUGCACCGACCUACAGCGCAAAGCCAAUCAGCCUGGUUGAGCGGUGUUGGUGUCGUUCCACCCUCAACACGGUUCCUCAGCGCUCCAUCAAAGAGCUCAAGUUCCUCCACACGCCCAACUGCCCCUUCCAAGUCAUUGCCAAGCUGAAGAACAACAGAGAAGUCUGCAUCAACCCAGAGACCAAGUGGCUGCAGCAGCACUUAAAGAACGCCAUUAACAAGGUGAAGAAAUCUAGAAGACGCAAUAAGAAAAACUAAACACAGGGGAAGACAGAUAUGUGCUGGACCUCUAUACCUCCCCGUCACUGCUAUGGAUACAUAUGAAAAAAACAAAAAAAACACACUACAUGUACCAACCCACUGCUCUGGACCACACGCAGAACCAGCACUUCAAACUGCGCCAUCCUCAGCUCACCCACCAGCACCAGCACCAGCACCACCUCCACUGAUCCCUCUGGACGCUCACGCAGUCACGGCCAACAUUUUAUGUUAGCACCAAAUGCAGCUACAGCUCGAAUAACGGGAUGCAUAUUAAUGUCAGACAGAGAGAGCGUGCACUGAUGUGUGCAUCACAAUGAAUACUGUGUCUGUACGUAGAACCUUUAACUAACAAACUGAGAUUUCUCGCUCAAACACAAGGUUUGGGUGGGUGACGCUACCCCGAUGGUCACUCAGUUAUCAGUUAUAGCAAAAACAAUUACCUCUUUGAUGCUUUAGAAAAGCAUCAGUUCUGUUUAUAUUCAUACAAUAAAGAUUGGGAAUGUAAGGGGC